GAAACACUCUUUGUCAUGUUGACGAUUCAAUGUGAAAAUAGAAAUGACAGCUAAUUGGUUUUUCUCCUGUUUUGUGAUUCGAACAUAGUCCAUGACAAGUAUAGUUAAUAAACGAACUAACACUAACAGCAGCGUAGAUAAAGCUAUUUUCAAACCAUGUCCUUCAAGAACUGAGUGCCAGUGCGCAGAAUUUUAUGCACCGGAGGGAACCUACACUUUAUUGCAUGAUAUUUUUUUUGAGACAAUACAGCCUCAGUUCGAUACUGGAACGCAUGUUUCAUUCUUUUCGUCGCUGAACGAAUUAGCGCCAAAUGCACCGUUCGUUCCUUGUAUUAAACCAUGCCAAGCCUCAUUGCCCCUAUCAAUAUCAGAUUUACAGCAUCCACCAGACCAUUCCUUUUCAUCUUGUACAAAUACGACAUCAACGGGAACCAAUGAUACUCUUAUAGAAGAGGAAAGUGACCAAAGAGAAGAAGACAACGAUCCUAUUUUAACAACAGACGAGACGACAAUCGGUUCAGCUGUACCCACUGCUAUCGCCAAGGAGUUUUUGGAGCAUAAUAACAGUAGCACCAACAACAUAGCAAGUACAAGCAGUGGGAGCCCCUCUUUUUCAUCUUUCUUCUCCAAUAGUAGCAAACAACAACAAAAACAUAAGAGGCCGAAGAGCAGCUUAUCAAAGUUAAAGUCCAAUUUUAUAGAAAAUGUUACCCUGCACGAUCAUUUUGCAAAAUUGACGAGCACAGUGAAUCAACAUAUAUUCUUUAAUGUGGGUUCAAGUUUAUUGUGGAUGGAAGAGGACCCAUACUUUCAACGACCUAAAGAAAUAAUAUCAAGACUGACGUUUGGGAAGUCCUAUAUUACUUGUCACAAUGUUAAUUCAACAACGAGUAAACUCGCAGAACACAUUAAUCUGGUUAUUGGAUUCUCAACAGGUGAUUUACUUUGGGCAUCAUGAAUAAUUCAGCAGUGACAAUGAUAAAAUGGAUACCAGAUUCCGAGGAUUUAUUUAUGGCAUCUUUUGAUGACGGUUCCGUGCUCAUCUUGGAUAAAGAGAAAGAAGAUCAAGCGUACACCUUGCCUCAACCACAAACGUGGGCUGAAGAGCAUUU